AUGCACAACUCUUUCCCCCUGUCGUCCUCCUUCUUCCUCUCCAGUGCCAAUGUGCCCUGGUCAGCUUCAAGUGGCAAGGAAGGUUUGGGCAAAGAGAGCGGCAAGGAAGGCUCAGGCGAGGAGAGUGGGCCGAGUGGCAAGGAAAGCUCAGGCGAAGCAAGUGGCAUGGAAGGCUCGGGCGGAGGGAGUAGUAAGGAAGGCUUGAGCGAGGUGAGCGGCAAGGAAGGCUCAGGUGAAGCGAGCGGUAAGGAAGGCCUGGGUGUAGUGAGCGGUAAGGAAGGCCUGGGCGUAGCGAGUGGUAAGGAAGGCCCAGGCAUAGUGAGCGGUAAGGAAGGCUCAGGCGAAGGGAGCAGCAAGGGAAGCAGGGGUAAAGAGAGUAGUGGAGAGGGUUGUGUUGAAAAAACUACUGGGGAAGGCUGGUGA